AUGCCCAAAACACCCUCUGAAGCGAUUAUUUUGGGUGAUCGUUCUGAAAUUGAGCAAUAUUGAGUAAAGAUGCUAAGCUAAGAACAUCAUGGUUUAUAUAAUCGCGAUUGAAAACACACAUAGUAAAAUUGCAAAAAUAAAUUUUUAAAUUUUCAGUUUAGGAUAAACAUAAAUAGAACUAAGAUCGAAUUUUGGUAAAGGCAAAUUUAAAAAGCAGAAAUUUUUUUUCCAGCAUUGUAGAUUUUUUAGAAAAACUUUCGAAAAAAAUCGACACAGGUAGCUGCUCCCCCGCCCCCAGACCAAAAGUCCCCGCUCGGCCCUGUCCACUAUAGUAAAUUUUUUAAAAGUAAAGUCCAAAAGACAAAGAGAUAAAAAAGAUAAAGCACUUGUUGAAUAAGCUAACUUAUUGAUAUUGUUAAAUGCGAAGGCUGAAGCUAAGGUUAAAGCUAAGGCUAAAGCUAAGGCUAAGGCUAAUGCUAAGGCUAAGGCUAAGGCUAAGGCUAAGGCUAAGGCUAAGGCUAAGGCUAAGGCUAAGGCUAAGGCUAAGGCUAAGGCUAAGGCUAAGGCUAAGGCUAAGGCUAAGGCUAAGGCUAAGGCUAAGGCUAAGACUAAGGCUAAGGCUAAGGCUAAAGCAAUGAUGAAGGAUAAGGUUAAUAAUUAA